AGCUGGCCGUUGCCAUGGUUCUAUGAAAACAAUAUGGCUGCCUCCAGCCCUGCAGGCAGGCCGAGCCCGGGGCGAGCUUGGCCGUGCCCCGCAGGCGUGGGCGUGUAGAGGCCUGGCCUGGGCCCGGCUGGCGGCCGAGCAGAUGGCGAGCGGGGAGCUGGACGAGGAGAGCCUGCAGGAGCUCUACAGCUGGGUGGAUGCCGUCCCCCUGUCCCGCCCCAAGAAGAACAUCGCCCGGGACUUCAGCGACGGAGUUCUAGCAGCAGAAGUGGUGAAAUUUUACUUUCCCAAAAUGGUGGAAAUGCACAAUUAUGUCCCAGCUAAUUCAACGCAACAGAAACUCUCCAACUGGGGCCAUCUCAACAGGAAGGUGCUGAACAAGCUGAAUUUCUCCAUCCCGGAAGACAUGAUCCGGAAGAUCGUACAGUGCACGCCUGGUGUGGUGGAGCUGAUGCUGCUCCCACUGCAGCAGAAAAUCGAGGAGAAGCAGAAGCAGAGCAAGGUGGCAUCUGGCACAUAUCAGGAGCUGGGCACACGCUAUGCACUCCAUGAGAACGGCCAUAUGGAAACAGGCUAUUCGUCGAAGCCAAAGACCAAUGCCGCAGGGCUCUACAUGCAGCAGUCCCCACGAGCGGAAAGGAUGAACAAGGGCCAGCAAGGCUAUGCCCAGGCGCUACCGGGAGACGCCAGCUUUCGCAUUCAGUUAGCGGAGAGGGAGCAGGCUCUGCUGGCUUGUCAAGAGACAGUCCAGAUCCUGCAGAUGAAGGUGCGGCGGCUGGAACACCUGCUCCACCUGAAGAACGUUCGGAUUGACGACCUCACAAGGCGCCUACAGCAAGUGGAGCAGAAACAGAAAUGAGGCGGGGCUCGGUUUGCCUCCCGCGCCCUUCCCUGCGACUCACACCCUCAGAACCUCUCCCAGGCACAUCUGUAAGAGCCGCCGUUCCUGUGCCUCUCCCACUGCUCAUGGCUCCUCCUGGGCUUGGAGAGACUGAGCCGUCCCAGGUAGAGUCUGGAUUUGAAUAAUGACACAGGGCUCCCAGUUUCUUACAAUCCAAGGGCAAAACUGAGGAAAGAAUAAGGCCUAGAAUCCAAGAGUGAAAAAUGCACAUGCACAAGUACAGGUGGCAAAUGCACAUCUAGAAGUUCACCUGCAAUUGUGCAUGAGGGUGCUGUAAUUGUGUAAGUGCACCGGUGAUUGUGCAUGCAUUUGUUAGUCAAGUUUAUGCAUCUGCACUCAAUCGGCUUUGCAUUCAUUGCAAUUAUGGACAUGGACCCCCAGUUGUGCAUGCACUUAUACAUUUGCAAGAAAUGCUAGUGCAAAUGUGCACUCACAAAUGUGCCUGAAGGUGAUCAGGCUGAGGCAGUAUUUCGAGCGCCAGGUUUUCUAUCUAUAACCAAAUCCAGCGACUUUCAUUCAGAAUAUUGACUCCUCUGCUUUCCAUUCUUUAGUACCAGGCCACCCCUUUGCUUGUUAAUUGUUUUAAAGAGCCCCCCCCCACUUUUGUUCCAUCUGGUGGCUCUUGGGUGACAGCUGAUUGGAGAUGCCUGGGGAAGGAAUGGCUCAUUCCCAAGGAUGCGUUUCUAUAGGUGCGAUCCUGGAGCCCUCACUCAGGGACAACUCCCACUGCAGGCUGAGGAUCUGUCUACGCAGCAAAAGCUGGGCACAGGGCAGCCUACCUGAGCCAGCGUGAAUCCAGCUAGGACCGGUAACGUAGCCAUGAAGCCAACGCAGCACAGGCUACUGAGCAGAAUGCGUGGCCAGGCCCCGGGCCAGGCAGCAGUACCCAUGCUGACGCCUCCCCGCUCUGUCUUCACUGCUGUUCCCCACGCUAGCCAGCUCCGGUAAGCUAGCCUAUGCCAGCUGGUGCUGUGUAGACACACCCUGAGUAAGGCCCUCUGGGAUCAGGCCUUGUGGAGAUCAGUCACCUCUACCCAUUGAUCAGUUUACACUGGGCUCCAUUUGGAUACAAGCAUGAAAAGACCCUCAGCUCCUGGCUCUCUGCUCCUAACAGGUUGGGGUUCUGCAGCCCGUGGGUGGGGUUCAAAGGCUGUCUGACUAAAAAGGAGCCCCCUCUGCCAUGGGCCAAGGGCUGAUAAUAGCAACACUGACCAAUAGCAGGGCUGACCAAUCACAGGCACAGAGAAGCGCCCUGCUGGGGAGAUGCUGGCGGCUGCUCUCAGACACGAAAGCUACAAACUCAGGGCCAGCCCCUCACCUGCUGUAAACGGGAAUAGCUGUACUGAGGGCAAUGGGCCAGGUCCCGGCUGGUGGAAAUGGGAGUAGCUGUACUGAGGGCAAUGGGCCAGGUCCCGGCUGGUGGAAAUGGGAGUAGCUGUACUGAGGGCAAUGGGCCAGGUCCCGGCUGGUGGAAAUGGGAGUAGCUGUACUGAGGGCACUGGGCCAGGCCCGGCUGGUGUAAACGGGAGUAGCUGUACUGAGGGCACUGGGCCAGGUCCCGGCUGGUGUAAACGGGAGUAGCUGUACUGAGGGCACUGGGCCAGGUCCCGGCUGGUGUAAACGGGAGUAGCUGUACUGAGGGCAAUGGGCCAGGUCCCGGCUGGUGGAAAUGGGAGUAGCUGUACUGAGGGCACUGGGCCAGGUCCCGGCUGGUGUAAACGGGAGUAGCUGUACUGAGGGCACUGGGCCAGGUCCCGGCUGGUGGAAAUGGGAGUAGCUGUACUGAGGGCAAUGGGCCAGGCCCCGGCUGGUGUAAAUGGGAGUAGCUGUACUGAGGGCAAUGGGCCAGGCCCCGGCUGGUGUAAAUGGGAGUAGCUGUACUGAGGGCAAUGGGCCAGGCCCCGGCUGGUGUAAAUGGGAGUAGCUGUACUGAGGGUAAUGGGCCAGGCCCCGGCUGGUGGAAAUGGGAGUAGCUGUACUGAGGGCAAUGGGCCAGGUCCCGGCUGGUGUAAACGGGAGUAGCUGUACUGCAGUCAGUGAAGCGAUGCUUACUUGCAUCAGUGGGGAAUCUGGCCCAUAGACCCUCCUCUAGCCAGGGAUGGGACCGAGCUGCUGAAGCUGGCCCUGCAUUCUGAACACGUCAGAGCUGGAGGGUGUUUGGAUAAAGAGCUGCACUUUGGCCCAACGGGAGCCCGCAUGUGGGUUCAGACUGACACCUCCUGAAAUUCUGAGGUGUGUGGGUCAGAGGCUGGGUUCAGGCCUCGCUCUGCUUUCUUCUCUAUAGUCAGUGACCUACCUGCACUAUCGCUUGGCACAACACACUUGCCUUCAGCUUCCUGCGGUCCCGGAGAGCUGCCAAAUUCCCACGCAAGCCCCAGUGACUCCCCUGGGAGGGAGAAUGCCCCAUUGAUCUCUGGGGAGUUAGUCCUGGUUUGCAGCAGGGUCAGGGAGAGCAGAGUCUGCCCCCGUGUUUCUCCGAGGCGGCUUUGGGGCCGAUGCAGCAGGAGCAGCGUAAGGAUGCCAUUAAGCAGCAGCUGAUGGGAACGCUCAGGUUAGCAACCAUCCUGCUCACUGGUAGGGCCUGAAAGUGGCUCCCAUCUGAUGAGCGCCCAGUGCCAGCAGGCCCGGAUCCGGCACCCACUGGUGUCAUUGGGACUCUUCCCACUGACAUCAAUGGACCCUCAGGAUCCCACUCCAGUUCUGAAUGGAGGGGGUCCAUCAGGGCCAGGGCAACCAGCAUUAACUGGGCUCCUCGUUGGCAGCCUCAGAGAGACCACGGACUGAUUGAGCCAAGAAAUCUGAAUUCCCCAGACCUCCGUUCUGGCUUGGACAGUGCAGGGAAGUUUGCCCUGCCGUACCCUGAAGACCUGCUAGGGUCUUCAGCCCCCAGGGCUGUCAAGCCGACACUAAACUGAGCAAGGGAAGUAACUUUGCUGCUUUCCUGUAUAUUCCUGUGUGGCGAGGGGUGCGGGUCCCUUUGUCUUUGUAACUAGGGAUUCUUGAUCAGGAUCCUUGCCUCUCCAGAGUCCGUCUGCUCCUCCUGCACCCUCUCCUUGCAUCACUGUUGCUGACAGAACUGCAAGGACAGGAGCAUGGAUGGCAACAGGAGGUGGGGUAAAAUCUCCUCUGAUCUUUAAUCUCUGCUCCAUCUUGUGCACCCUGCCAUGGCAGUCGAUACCUCUGCAUCACGCAGGCUGAAAGAGCAGAAUGCCAAGCAAAGCAUGGGAGAGAAAAUACAGGCCACAAAUUAUCCACUUUGCUGCUAGGCCUGCUGGUCACCUCCACCAAUAUCCAGGUAUCAGGUGCUUGGGUGCAAAACCCAGCUGGGUAUGUACUUCUUCAUCUGCCAAGGGGACCCCCACCACUUAUCUACCAUAUGGACCUCCAUAUCUAUCAUAUGGACCUCAUUAUGUACAAUAUGGACCUCCGUAGCAACCAUAUGUAUACCUUAUCAUCUCAUGAUGUUCCAUUGCUAUUUCAAUGGAGCAUAGCAGACCAGAUGCUGGAGCCGAGGGGUUAGGUUGUCCUGGCUUGUAAAACAUGGUGUUCUCUGGUGGCUAAUGUGCUAAUUUUCCAGACUGUGGCUGGCACUUAAUCAAUUGUUGAUGAUUUUUUAAUUGUUUUAUUUACCAAUCUCUGUUUAGAUGAUUGUGUUGUUGUUUGGUGUCGACUCUGCUGUCUGCAUAACCUGGGGGGUUAAUUGUAUGAGGGUUUCCUGUAUCAUUUUCGGUAUAAAAGUGUUUAUUUCCUUUCCUCCUGA